AUGCGGAAGAGUUGGUCUUGCUGGAGCGGAAGUGACGCUUCCGGCGGCUGUGGCGGCUGUAGCUGCGAGAGAAGGAGGAGGAGGAGCCGGAGGAAGAGGGCUGUCUCUGAAGAAAGGAGAAUGGCGUUCAGCAAAGGAUUUCGGAUCUAUCACAAAUUGGAUCCACCACCCUUCAGCCUCAUAGUGGAAACUAGGAAUAAGGAAGAAUGUCUCAUGUUCGAGUCUGGGGCUGUAGCCAUCCUCUCAUCUGCAGAAAAAGAGGCAAUCAAGGGUACAUACUCCAAAGUACUGGAUGCAUAUGGACUACUAGGUGUUUUACGAUUAAAUCUUGGUGAUACUAUGUUACAUUAUCUGGUUCUUGUCACGGGAUGUAUGUCUGUUGGAAAAAUUCAAGAAUCUGAAGUGUUCCGUGUUACUUCCACUGAGUUUAUAUCUCUCCGAAUUGAUUCUUCAGAUGAAGAUCGCAUUUCAGAAGUGCGAAAAGUUUUGAAUUCAGGAAACUUUUAUUUUGCAUGGUCUGCUUCUGGCAUCAGUUUAGAUCUGAGUCUUAAUGCACAUCGUAGUAUGCAAGAACAGACAACUGAUAAUAGAUUUUUCUGGAAUCAGUCUUUGCAUUUGCAUCUCAAGCACUAUGGUGUGAAUUGUGACGAAUGGUUAUUACGCCUCAUGUGUGGAGGAGUAGAAAUCAGAACAAUUUAUGCUGCUCACAAACAGGCAAAGGCUUGCCUCAUUUCAAGAUUAAGCUGCGAACGAGCUGGGACCAGGUUUAAUGUCCGGGGAACAAAUGAUGAUGGUCAUGUUGCUAAUUUUGUAGAAACAGAACAGGUUGUGUACUUAGAUGAUUCUGUUUCUUCCUUUAUACAAAUCCGAGGAUCUGUUCCAUUGUUCUGGGAGCAACCAGGGUUGCAAGUGGGAUCCCAUCGUGUUCGUAUGUCAAGGGGAUUUGAAGCUAAUGCACCUGCUUUUGACAGGCAUUUUAGAACACUUAAGAAUUUAUAUGGUAAACAAAUAAUAGUAAAUUUGCUUGGAUCUAAGGAAGGUGAACAUAUGCUCAGUAAAGCUUUCCAGGAUGCGACAUGCCAGAGUGGUACUGUUCGAACAAACUGCUUGGAUUGUCUUGAUAGAACAAAUAGUGUACAGGCAUUCCUUGGCUUAGAGAUGCUAACUAAACAGUUGGAAGCUCUCAGCUUAGCUGAAAAGCCUCAGUUGGUGACUCGCUUUCAAGAAGUUUUUCGGUCAAUGUGGUCUGUGAAUGGUGAUUCCAUCAGUAAGAUAUAUGCAGGGACUGGUGCUCUUGAAGGAAAGGCUAAGGCUGGAAAGUUAAAAGAUGGUGCUCGUUCUGUAACCAGAACAAUUCAAAAUAACUUCUUUGACAGCUCCAAGCAAGAGGCAAUUGAUGUUUUGCUACUGGGAAAUACUCUAAAUAGUGACUUAGCUGACAAAGCUCGAGCUCUUUUAACUACUGGAAGUUUGCGUGCAUCUUCUAAAGUACUAAAGAGCAUGUGUGAGAAUUUUUACAAGUAUUCAAAGCCCAGGAAAAUUCGAGUAUGUGUCGGAACCUGGAAUGUGAAUGGUGGGAAGCAGUUUCGCAGUAUAGCUUUUAAGAAUCAGACGCUGACUGACUGGCUUCUUGAUGCACCCAAGUUAGCUGGCAUCCAGGAGUUUCAAGAUAAAAGAAGUAAGCCAACUGAUAUAUUUGCAAUUGGUUUUGAAGAAAUGGUAGAGUUGAAUGCUGGAAACAUUGUGAAUGCAAGCACAACAAAUCAGAAGCUCUGGGCUGUGGAACUUCAGAAGACAAUCUCCAGAGACAAUAAGUAUGUGCUGCUGGCUUCUGAACAGUUGGUGGGCGUCUGUCUGUUUGUUUUUAUCAGACCACAGCAUGCUCCUUUUAUCAGGGAUGUUGCAGUUGAUACAGUGAAGACUGGAAUGGGAGGUGCAACUGGCAAUAAGGGAGCAGUUGCCAUCCGAAUGCUGUUCCAUACAACCAGCCUUUGCUUCGUCUGUAGCCACUUUGCCGCAGGGCAGUCACAAGUCAAAGAAAGAAAUGAAGAUUUUGUAGAAAUAGCACGAAAAUUGAGUUUUCCUAUGGGAAGGAUGCUUUUUUCCCAUGACUAUGUAUUUUGGUGUGGCGAUUUCAACUAUCGAAUCGAUCUCCCUAAUGAAGAAGUUAAAGAGCUUAUAAGACAGCAAAAUUGGGAUUCUCUUAUAGCAGGAGAUCAACUUAUCAAUCAGAAAAAUGCUGGACAGAUUUUUAGAGGAUUUUUAGAGGGAAAAGUAACCUUUGCUCCAACGUAUAAAUACGAUUUAUUUUCUGAUGACUAUGACACCAGUGAAAAGUGCCGUACCCCUGCAUGGACAGACCGUGUCCUCUGGAGAAGAAGGAAAUGGCCUUUUGAUAGAUCAGCUGAAGAUCUGGAUCUUCUAAAUGCCAGUUUUCAGGAUGAAAGCAAAAUCCUUUACACAUGGACUCCUGGCACCUUGCUGCAUUAUGGAAGAGCUGAGCUGAAGACUUCUGAUCAUAGGCCUGUCGUUGCCCUGAUUGAUAUAGAUAUUUUUGAAGUUGAAGCUGAAGAGAGGCAAAACAUUUAUAAAGAAGUAAUUGCAGUUCAGGGUCCACCUGAUGGUACAGUAUUGGUCUCAAUCAAAAGUUCUUUACCAGAAAAUAAUUUUUUUGAUGAUGCCUUGAUUGAUGAUCUCCUUCAGCAGUUUGCAAAUUUUGGUGAAGUUAUACUCAUAAGAUUUGUAGAAGAUAAAAUGUGGGUUACAUUCUUGGAGGGAAGCUCUGCCUUGAAUGUUCUGAGCCUGAAUGGUAAAGAGUUAUUGAAUCGGACUAUAACUAUUACUUUAAAAAGUCCAGACUGGAUCAAAAAUUUGGAAGAAGAAAUGAGUUUAGAGAAAAUUAGCAUUGCGUUACCAUCAUCAACAAGCUCUACCCUGCUUGGUGAAGAUGCCGAGGUCACAGCAGAUUUUGAUAUGGAAGGUGAUGUUGAUGACUACAGUGCAGAAGUGGAGGAAAUUCUUCCUCAGCAUCUCCAGCCAUCAUCAAGUUCUGGCCUUGGCACUUCCCCAGGCUCCUCACCCCGGACUAGUCCCUGCCAAUCACCUACUGUGCCAGAGGUUCCUGUACCUUCUCUUCCCGUCAGACCAAGCCGAGCACCAUCAAGAACUCCUGGACCUCCAAGUGCACAGAGUUCUCCUGUUGACGUUCAACCAGCACCUCCACUGCAGCAGAAAGAUCCUGCCCAGCCCCUGGAGCCCAAGAGACCACCACCUCCCCGCCCAGUGGCUCCUCCCACCCGUCCUGCUCCCCCACAGAGGCCACCUCCACCUUCAGGACGCAAUCAGCCUUCACCUCAAGCAGUACUUGCAGGCCCGGGACCUGCUGGAUAUAGUGCAGCCAGACCAACAAUUCCACCCCGUGCUGGAGUUAUCAGUGCCCCCCAGAGCCAUGCUCGGGCAGCUGCUGGAAGACUGACUCCUGAAAGCCAAAGCAAGCCGGCAGAAGCAGCCAAAAGCUCAGCUUUCCUUCCCGAACCACUGAAGCCUCAGGCUGCUUUUCCUCCUCAGUCUUCUCUGCCCCCACCUGCUCAAAGGUUGCAGGAGCCACUUGUCCCUGUGACAGCACCUAUGCCUCAAUCUGCCCCCCAGCCAAAUUUGGAAACCCCGCCACAACCACCUCCUCGGAGCAGGUCAUCCCAUAGCUUGCCUUCAGAAGCUUCUCCAUCACAGCUGCAAGUAAAAACAAAUGGAGUCUCUGAUGUCAAAGGAGAAUCACCAUUAAAGAGUGACCCAUUUGAAGAUCUAUCACUUAAUCUGCUUGCUGUAUCAAAGGCUCAGCUAUCUGUUCAAAUGUCACCUGUUCUAACCCCAGACCCAAAGAGGUUGGUUCAGUUGCCUUCUGCAACACAAAGUAAUGUUAACACUUUGAGUUCUACAAGUUGCAUGCUGGCAAUACCUCCAAUUCCAGCUCGGAGUAAAUCCCAGGAAAAUAUGCGAAGUUCUUCAAACCCAUUUAUUACUAGCUUGACCAGCACAGAUCCUUCCAGUGACAGGACUGUUGUUGGAAACCCAUUUAGAACUGAAUCUCAAGAAUUAGAAGCAACUUCGUGGUUCUCCAGGGAAGAAUCAGUUACUAACAGUCCUUUCCCUUCUUUGAAGCCUCCUGGUUAUAACAAAAGUAAGCCUUCAUCUUCACUUGAUGGUUUUAAGGACAGUUUUGAUCUGCAGUGCCAGUCUACAGUAAAAAUUAGCAACCCAAAGGGAUGGGUAACCUUUGAAGAAGAAGACGACUUUAAUGUAAAAGGGAAAUCAAAGUCAACUUGUCCAGACUUACUGGGUAAUCAGCCAUCUUCAUUUUCUGGCUCCAGCGUGACAUUGGAUGAUGACUGGAAUAAAGAUAAAAAUGUCUCUUUUUGCGUGUUGCCAUCAAGAAGACCACCUCCACCUCCUGUCUCUGUGCUUCCACCUGGCACCAGCCCUCCAGUAGAUCCUUUCACAACCUUGGCAUCUAAGGCAUCACCCACCCUAGACUUCACUGAAAGAUAAUGUCAUGUGAUAGAAACCAGUUGUUUUUCUUAGUUUUGGCAGGGUAGAGCCGAAAGAAUUGGGCAUUAGAUUUUCAUUAUGUGCAAUAAUUGUUAAGUGCACUGAUAUCUUCAUGAAAUACCACUAUUUGGUGUAUACAGAGUUGGAAUAUGUGUAUAUUGGAAAUAAGGAAAAAUCCCUCUCAUUAUUAACUGGAGUCUUGCUUGGUGUGUUUCUCUUUCGAUGAAUAGCAGACAGUAGUAGCCAUAAAAAGUGCUUAAAACUACUGUAAAAAAUAGUUCUUAUUGAGAAAUUUUUGUCUUUUCUGAAAAAUCUCAAAAAGCCCACACAACAUUUACCUGACAUUACCACCAGUCCUUUUUCAUACUUAUUAACAAUUGGUAUUUAUGAGUAUUUACCAAAGAGUUGCCAAAGUUAGAGUGAAACAGAGUUUGAAAGGCAUUGCUUUAAAAAAAAAAAGUAUGUAUGUAUAUGUGAACAUAUGUACACAUUGUCUAUAAAACUCAUAAUUCUAGAAUAUCAGAUGAAAUUUUGCCUAAAAGUUCUAACAAAGUCCUCUUUUCAAUAUCUUAUUACCAAAAGAUGGCUGUAAAUGUAAUUUGAACAUUUCGUUAAUUUUAUUUUCUUAAACAAGAAUAAUCUCACUACAGAACCAGAAUUUUCUACCAUUCCACACCCUUCAAAUGCAUACAACCUUGUUACUUUUCACUCUAGCACCUCCACAUGCUUUUCUCUGGGAGAAGGUUCUUGCAGCUGGCAGCAGCACAUUUAGUGAUCAUUAUCACAUGGACAGAUAUUCUGGCCUUUUCAGAACAGCACUGUAGCCUUACAUUCAGGGAAGGUACAGACCACCAAGUUCAGUGAGAAAUAUUAGAGCUAAUUAUAUUCUUUUCUUUGCACACAUUAAGGGAUAUGUUGGCCAUUUCCCUCCCACACUUAUUAUUUUUGCUGCUUCUGUUCUGGAACUUUGCUUUUAGCAAGGAAAGAAGCUGUCUUCAGAGUGCUUUGAAUUGAGGUUAUACCCAUUGUAUGUUCUCUCUCACUUUAGGAAGCUACACAAAACAUCUAUGAUGCUGCUUUAAGUUUUUAGAGGCUAUACCUCAAGUUAGCUCUGGAUUUUGUCUCCUGCACUGCCAAUAUGCAACUGAUCCUGCUUUUAUUAAUUUUAUGAAGAAGUAACACAGAAUUUUUACAGAAUGUAGUAUUUUGAUAUCAUUAAGUAAACCAAUCAGAAAACAACUUGAGCAAUAGUUUUGUUGUCAGUUUAAGUUAAAAUCAUCUUUACCCAUUAAGACUUAUAGUAAUGUUCCUUUUAUGUAAAGAGUUGUAUAUGUCCAUCUAACUUCCUAUGUCCACAUUUAACCUUUAAAGAUGGAUGUGCAUUGAGGGAAUAUCAAAAAUAGAGUUCAUGGCUAAGAGUAUAUAAAAUGUACAAGCACAGCAAACUGCACUGCACUAACAUAAAGCAAAUCUAUUAGGAAAAAAGCACUUUUCUAAAAGCUCAAAUGUUAUCAAAAUACUAUAUUUAUAGAAGUAAUUCUUUCUGUUAAGAGCCAGGAUUUCCUGUCAGAAAUAACUCUUGUGAAUUUUAUAUUGUGCUUUUUUGGAGGUUCUAAUCAUUUCAGCAGUAGUAUCUUUUAAACAGCAGUGUUACUAUAAGCAGUAUGCUUCAAAAUGUGAAUUAACUUGUUGAAAUUGUGGCUUUGACAUCCACAUGUGACUAGUGUAUACAGUAUUUGCUCCCCAUUAGCAAAAUAAUCCAUUGUUAGGUUAUCUUCAUUAGUGCAAAUUGCAGUUCUGUGAGCAAUGUUUUCUAUUGAAUAUCAACUACUGUCUAAAGUAUACAUAUCAGCAGCAGCUCAGCCUUUAUCAGGAAAAUUAUAUUUGGCAAGUUGCUGAAAAUGCACAAGAGUUAUGAAAGUUAAAGGUAUGCUGCAAAUAAGUAGCCAGUCUGUGUAUUAUUAAAUAUUUAGCAGUUCUGUUAAGAGCAGAACAGAAAUUAGACACUAAGGAUCUCUUUGUGAAUUCUUUGUUCUCUAUAGUAGAUUGCUGUUUAUAUGUAAGAAUUUUAUUGCUUAUGUGGCAUACCAUAUUUAUAACUAUAUACUUUAUAGAAGUACAGUAUUAAAGUCGGUGAUAUACAGACAUGUACAUAUCCUGUGAAAUGUGCUGUCAUAUGAAAUAAAUAUACUUGUCUUUACCAUG